AUGUCCUUCGGCUUCAGACUCGAGACAGUGGCGUUGGCGUUACAGACCACGACGCUCCUAUGGCUCUGGUGGCGACAGCAGCAACCGCUGCAACCUCCUCGAGCGACAGACCAGCGGAAGAAAAUUCAGCAACUGGAGAGUGAGGUGAUCAAGAAAGAGAGAGCUCGAGUCGAUGAACGACGAGGUCGCGUGGCUGCUGAGAAGGAGCUGCGACGUGUGAUGGAGGAGAAACUGGACACUAGCAAGGGGUGUUUCGUACAGCCUGUGGGGACGGUGCACUCUUGCUUCAAAGUAUGCUUGGGAACGCCUCGUCAAGGCUCUCUUGCACCGUCGACGCGGGCGAAGAUCACUUUUCAUCGAAGCGUGUCACCCGACACUCUGGUAGGCUUAGAGGAAUUCAGCCAUGUCUGGAUCUUGUUCGUCUUCCAUCAAAAUACAAACGGGAAAAACGCUCGAGCACACGAGGGACUUCGGUCAGAUAGUCAUCGCCACACAUUCCGGGCCAAAAUAUCUCCACCAAUGCUGAAAGAACGAGUCGGCAUCUUUUGUACUCGCUCACCCCAUCGCCCCAAUCCUAUCGGUAUCACUUUGGCGCAGAUCGAGUACGUCGACAUCCGGAAGCGGACGGUGCAUCUCACUGGUGUCGACUUGCUGGAUGAGACUCCAGUAUUGGACAUCAAGCCGUAUAUUUCAGCGUAUGACAGCCUUCCUGAUGCACGAGCAGCAGGCUGGGUGUCCACUCCACAGCCAUCAAUCAAAACUGAGUGGGACUCCAGCGCGCUGAAGUCGACAAUCUACAAGCUCUCGGAAAAGUCUGUGCACUAUCGCAAUGCCCCUGAAGAAUUCGUGGCUGCCAUCGAAGAGGUGCUGCAAGUUGACGUUCGUAGCAAGUUCCAAACCCGUCGCUGGACUUCUCCUGACUACAUCAACUACCAAGUCAUCGAUAACGUCCGCGUGCAGUACCGCUUCGCUCUAUCGACUGCUCUCUCUCCUUCCCCUGCAAAUGACGACAGGCGUGCGGAGACCGCGCACAUUCAGAUUUUUGCGGCUGAAGAGGCUUUUUCGGCAAAGUAG